AUGCCUCCUCUUCAAGAUAACAAUGUACAAGUCAAUACUGGAGUUGAUAAUGUUGAUCUACAAGGAACGAUGCCAUCCGGUGAUAAAACACAUACAAAAUAUAUUAUAGAAAUGCGUGGUGGUGAUACUUUACAAGUACAAUUAUCGGUUGAUGGUGCUCAAGCAUUGGCUGAACUAUCGCCACGUAUUACUGUUACCUUUCAUAAUGUCUCCAAAGUGAUCAAUGUUCCAGCAAAAAUGAUUGAUCCUUCAUCCAAAAAACGAUUCAUCGAACGAAAACUGCUCGAUCAAGUUUCCGGACAAAUUCAUCCGGGCCAAAUCGUUGCACUUAUGGGACCUUCAGGCUGUGGGAAAACAACAUUACUCAAUACCUUAGCUGGUCGAGCACUAUCCGGUGUUACUGGUGAUAUUUGGUUCAAUAAUCAACGUUAUGAUAAAAGUAUGAAACGAAAACUAGCUUAUGUUCUUCAACAAGAUAUAUUUUUCGAACAACUCACUGUUAAACAACAAUUAACAUAUACAGCUCUACUUCGAUUACCAAAUCACUUAUCGAAACAAGAUAAACUAGCUCAAGUGGAACAAAUCAUUGAUCAACUUCGUAUUCGAAAAUGUGCAAAUACUCCAAUUAUGUUAAUAUCUGGUGGUGAAAAGAAACGUGUGAAUAUUGGUACUGAAUUAUUGACCAAUCCGAGUGUUAUAUUUCUUGAUGAACCUACAUCUGGGUUGGAUAGUACAUCAGCAGUAGCUUUGAUGGAUGUUCUUCGUGAUUUAUCAAUCCAAGGCAAAACUAUUAUCACAUCAAUUCAUCAACCAUCAUCACAAAUCUUUCAAUCGUUCGAUCAACUGAUUCUCUUAGCAGAUGGAAAAACUAUUUUUAUGGGUAAACCAUCUGAUGCUCUACUCUACUUUGCUACUAUGGGUCAUCGCUCUCCACCACAAUACAAUCCAGCUGAUUAUGUCAUGGAUCUUGUAAAUCAAGAUAUGACUAUUCGUGAACAACUUAAAGAUGCAUACCUAACAAAUAAACUUGUUGGUCAUGUAAAGUCUGUAUCAAAUCAAGUACAAUCACAGACUUCAACAAAUGCUCACCAAUAUCUUAUACCUGAACCAUCUGGACACGAAGCCGAUCUCACUAAUCCAGAUAAUGUCAAUUUAAUACCUACCAAACAUGAAAGUAAAUGGCCUAUUGGAUUUCUACCACAAAUGAUGAUACUCUUCAAACGUGCAUUUGUGUUAACUGGUCGCAGUCAAUUUACAAUUCUUAACUUUGUUCAAGCAUUAGGACUGGCAGUUGUUAGUGGAUUGUGUUGGUUGAGAAUGGAAUUUGCUGAAAACACAAUACCUGAUCGAUCAUCAUUCAUGUUUUUCUUGAUGACAUUUUGGCCUUUGCACACCAUGAUGCAUGGUUUACUAUCAUUUCCUUUUGAGCGUGUCAUCAUCGAAAAAGAACGAGCAAGUGGCUCAUAUCGUCUAUCCUCGUAUUUCGCAGCUAAAUCAUUAGCUGAAGCUCCAGUUAAACUUGUGUUACCAACAUUAUUUCUCAUCAUAGCUUAUUGGAUGGCUAAUAUCAAUUCAAAUUUCGGUAUAUUUCUAGCUGUUCUGGCUUUUCAACUGAUGGCAGUUCUUGUGGCUGAAUCACUUGGUUUACUUUUGGGUGCAGCAUUAAAGAAUUUACAACAUGCAAUCACAGUGGCUACUGUCCUUCUCAUGAGUUUGAUGUUAGUAGGUGGAUUUUUCGUUCGAAAUCUCCCACAUUGGUUGGGUGUGUGGGGAAAAUGGCUAUCGUUUUUCAAAUAUGCAUACAAUGCAUGCUUACAAUUACAGUUCAAAGGCGGACAAAUUUAUCAAUGUGUCGAUGGCUCAUACGUUUCUUCUUGUCGAAAUAAUCCAAAUGGCACAUUCAUGAGUCAUGAAGCACUCGAAUUUUUUGAUUCUGGAAUUAGUAUCGGCUUUAACUUUUUAGUUCUUUUCGGAAUGUUUGUAGUUUUUCGAACACUAGCCUAUCUGUCACUAAGAUUCGUUAAGAAUCAUUCUGGUCGUUCUUGA